AUGACUAUUAUCAUUUUGCUAUUGGCGUGUUUGACUGUUCGAUACGCAAGUGGACAGGAGGAAGCGGCUAUCAUCGCCCCAAAAAAGCCGCUUCCAGUGAAGCCAGUCCUUCCUUCUAUCACCUGUGCCAAUGUCCUGUGCAUCAUGAAUUCCACCUGUGUGAUGUAUGAGGCUCUUGACGGGAAGAUGAAACCAUAUUGCUUGCCAAUUGAUUAUGAAAACACCUGUGCCUAUACCAAAUGCCCAAUCAACAAGAAAUGCGUAAUGGUCGAGGUCACUUGUGUCAAGGCUCCAUGCUACCCGGUACCCGAGUGCAGACCCCGUCCGAUCGUUCUCCCACCCAUCAAACCAUAUCCAGUUGAGCCACUUCCCAUCGAAGCCGCUCGCAAGAAGCGUCAAACCGAUGUUACAUGUCUUACCGCCAAAUGUGCCACACCUGGAGGAUGUGCAAUGACUCGCCCCUUAAAUUGUGACACUCCUAACUCCGAUGGAAGCUGCCCACUUCAAGCUGGAUGUGUACAAGUGAAUCCAUGUCAUACUAUCGAUUGCGCGGCUGGAACUCAAUGUGUGCUCCAUGAAAUCGUUUGUGUAACUGCUCCAUGUAAUCCUGUACCUACUUGUGAGCCUAUUGGGGACUCCAGAUGUCCAGGGAAGAAUCAAGAGUGGUCGGAUUGUGGAUCGGCUUGUCCAAAGAAGUGUGGGCAGAAGGAACCUGUGAGUAUGCCAUCAUGUCCAUAG